AGGAGUGUGCUAAUGUUUACAACCGUUGUGCUGUCAAUACUUUAAUCGUAAACGCUGGGAUUCUGUCGAUAUUUCAGCAGGUGAAGAUUACACACGUCCACUAUGGCGCAAAUUAAAUGACGUCGUAUCGCUUUCAGGUUUUUUGAAAAGUGAGUCCCAUGGUUGCUGUUGAUACACCGAAUGACACAGUGAAUACUAGCAGGCAUCCAGAAAGAAGAUUUCAGAGGCGCACUGAUGGAGUGGGUGUUCAUAAUGAACCGGAUGAGCUCUCAGGGUAGCUCUGCAGCCCAGCGGAGGCGGAUGAUGCUCGGGGUGGUGAUCCUGCUGCUGGUGGAUGUCAUCUGGGUGGCCUCCUCUGAGCUAACAUCCUAUAUUUUCAAGAGACAGGAGUACAACAAACCCUUCUUCAGCACCUUCACAAAGACCUCCAUGUUCGUCCUGUAUCUGCUGGGGUUUCUUCUGUGGAGGCCGUGGAGGCAGCAGUGCACAGGCACUCUGAAACGGCGGCACUCUGCAUUUUUUGCUGAUGCCGAGGCCUACUUUGCACCCUGUACCACUGACACUUCUGUGAAUAACUGUCUGAGUGAACCGUUGUAUGUUCCAGUGAAGUUUCAGGAUUUUCCUGCAGAACAAUCAAACUGUUUAUUAGGAGACUGUGAGUCGUCAGCCUCCAAAAAGCAGCGGGUACGCUUCAGUAACAUCAUGGAGGUGCGUCAGCUUCCCUCCACACAGGCCCUGGAGGCCAAACUGUCCCGCAUGUCGUACCCAGCUGCCAAGGACCAUGAAGCCAUGCUGCGGACAGUGGGCAAGCUCACCAUCACUGAUGUGGCUAAAAUCAGCUUCUUCUUCUGCUUUGUGUGGUUCCUGGCUAACCUCUCCUAUCAGGAAGCUCUGUCUGACACACAAGUUGCUAUUGUCAACAUACUAUCAUCAACAUCAGGCCUGUUCACGCUCGUCCUAGCAGCCAUAUUCCCCAGCAACAGCAGCGACCGCUUCACCUUGUCCAAACUGUUAGCUGUGGCUCUGAGUAUGGGAGGUGUGGCCCUUGUGAGUUUCUCCAGCAUGGACAAUCCAGAUGGAAAAGGAGUCGCAGGUUCCCUGUGGUCACUGGCGGGCGCAAUGUUGUAUGCUGUCUACAUUGUAAUGAUAAAGAGACGAGUGGACCGGGAGGAUAAGCUUGACAUUCCCAUGUUUUUUGGGUUUGUGGGUCUGUUCAACCUGUUGCUGCUGUGGCCGGGCUUCCUCCUGCUCCACUACACCGGCUUUGAGGCCUUUGAGCUUCCCAGCCAGCUGGUGUGGACAUACAUCCUCAUCAACGGACUCAUAGGAACCGUCCUCUCUGAGUUCCUGUGGCUCUGGGGCUGUUUUCUCACAUCGUCUCUAAUCGGGACUCUGGCUUUGAGCCUCACCAUCCCACUCUCUAUUAUUGCAGAUAUUUGCAUGCAGAAGGUACGUUUUUCAUGGCUGUUUUUUGCCGGGGCAGUCCCCGUCUUCCUCUCUUUCUUCAUCGCCACGCUCUUAUGUCACUACAACAACUGGGACCCUGUGCUGGUGGGGCUGAGGAGGGUAUACGUCUUCAUUUGCAGAAAACAUCGGAUUCACAGACAGACGGAUGACAGCGAACAGUGUGAAAGCCUUAUUCCUCUACAGACCGUCUCCCCCAGCGAAGGAAGCUUCUGCUCGUGAUCCAACAAAGUUGAACGUGUGGAUCUGACUGAGCUGACAAUCUGGAAGCUUUCAGAGACUUUUAAGUACCUCAGUGCCUCCUAUUAAAUCUAUUUAUUUUCUCCAGUGUUGGUGAGACACUUUCACUUCUACAAACUAAUUUUUAUUUUCACAUUUUAGUCCACAAAGACUGACUUCUGUUUUGACUUCAUGAUGUUUUCUGUGUAAAAAGAGGACCUCUGUGGUGCUCAAGGUGCUGGACAUUGUUAGUGAUGACUUUUAUGUUGUGACCAAAUCAAACGGUACAUGUUGAACUUGAUUAUAACACUAACAGAAACAGAGUAGCUCUGUAUUUAUCUGUAAAAAUCUGAAGUUAAAGACGUUUAAAUCUAUUUUAAAGACAUCUUAGUGUUGUCUAGAGGCCUUUGAAGCCUUGCUGCUUGUUUGUAUGUGUGAUGCAGAAACAAUGCAUUCUCCCAGUUGCCAAUCUGUCCAUUUAUGUGGAAGUGUAUAUUUUCUCUGUCUGCCUUUCAUGAGGUGAUGCUGCAUUCACAUGGACUCUGGGUAGAGAUGCUCUACUCAGCUCCUCAUGCUGUUGUAUGGAGAUUUCAAAUGCUGUCCAACCGUUUACAAAGGAAAAAAUGCCCCGAAGUUGGGGGAUCUGCUCGAUUUGCUCUCACUGUGUGAGUGUAUGCAGUCAACAAAAAUUUCAUGUCAGAAAUCCAUCCAUCCAUCCAGUCAGGAGUAGCUGUUAGGGCAGUGGUUGGCGGUCACAUUCCACUGUCGACGUCACAACAGCAACACACAAUCAGACAGAAAGUCAGGACAACUUCCAAGCGAGUCGUGUGACUCAAAAUUCAUGAAUCAGCAUGAAUUUGCACAGUUUACGCCAGGGUUAAUGUGGUAGUUUUAUGGCUUUUGUGCCUUUAAUCAAACAGAAAAGUGGACAGAGUGAGAAACUAGAGAAAGAGUGAGACUUAGGCUGGAUUUGAACCUCGAGCGCAGCUUUGAGGGCUUCUGUACAUGGGGCAUGCAGAGGUGCCCACUGGCUACCAUUGACUGCAUUUCUUUUAGAGGACUCGAUCAGCCUUUCUCAACCAGGGUGCCUUCUGACAUUGUCAGGGGUGCCUUGAAAAUACUUGAAAUUCAACCAAGACUUACAAUAAAUAUGCAGAAUAUUAGUUGCCCCAUCAUAAACUAUCAACAUUGACCCAUAUGCCCUUUUUCAGAUUUUAUAUCAUUGUCAGGAUCAGCAAUAGGCUUAAGACAGUGCAUACUGUGCAAUAAUCAUAGUUUGUUUAUCAAGGCUUACACAGUCAUUUCUUGAAAAUAAAGGCAUUUUUAAGAAAUUGCUUUUGAGAUUUAUUUUGCCAAUUAUAUUACUACACAAAUCCCCCAGCUGUCAGACUUGAUGACUUGAUUUUUUUUUUUUUUCUAAUUUUGGUGCCAUGACAGAAAAAAGUUGAAAAACACUGGGCUAGAUUAUGACAGUGUGACUUAAUGGUGACCUAGACCAGUGGUUCCCAACCUUUUUGGUUUAGGUCUCCCAACCUACUCUUUUCUUAGAAAUGCUAAGCCCCACAAGACCCACCUGGAGAAAAUACACAUUAGUUUUAAAAUGAUUCAUUGACAAAAUCCCAACAUAACAGGCCUACAUGCGCUUGUUCUAGAAAAAAGACGGAUAUAUAAACAAUCCAUUAUUACAACAGCACAUUCACACCACUCUGAAGAUAAUAAUAAUUAUAAUAAUGAGGGGAAUCUAUUGAUUUUCAAGAAAAACUAAAUUCUCAAGUGUAAAAAGUCAUUAAAUUAUGAGAAAAAAACUUUUUUUUCUCCAACAGUUGUUAAUGUACAUAAACUACAACUUUGAAUUUUUGAGACUACAAAGUUGAAAAUGCAUUUGCUAUUUUAAGUUUGUUUUUCUUUAAAAUGUUUGCAUUUACAAUAUUGUUAAUUUAUGAUUUUAAAAUCUUCAAAAUUCAAGACUUAACAAACUUGGAAAUAUCAAGUUUUUCUUGUUAAUUUACGACUUCAUGAAGUCUGAUAUUCUGAAAUUGUUUUCUUGUAUAUAUGCAGCUUUAUAAUUUAAAAAAAAUGAUUUUUUUCCCAAAAAAGUGUUCACUUUUUGCUCAAAAAUUAACUGACUCUCUUGUCUUCAAGGUGGCUGGGGUAUACCUACCUACAUUGCAUUUCUAAUCAUGAUUGAUUUUUGUCCAGGCAUACCCCCUUAAGUAUGCCUGGACCCCAGGUUUGGAAUAAAUGACCUAAACAACUAGAACUGUAGAAAUAAAAUUAUAAAAAAAAAGAAAAAAAAAAAAAGAAAUGUUUUUACUGUUGGCAGUUCUCUGCAGAAUUCACAGUAACAGAAUACAUUUAAGCAAAAAAAAAAAAAGCUCUCCUUUCACAGUUAGAGCAAUGACAGAAGGAACUCUUAAGCUGCACCGGUUUUAACUCCAAUUUUAAUACAGAAAUCCAAAGCUGCUUCAGUCAUUAAAUUUUAUAUGGUUCAGUUCAUUUACUAGUAAUUCAACAGACCAUGCACCAAGGGGUGUCUAGUCCUUACAGGCUUACAAGACACUGAAAUACAAAACAAGAAUAAUAAAACAAUGAAAGAAACAACAGAUGUCAAACAAUGACAACUUCCGCUGCUUAUUAAAAGGCUGCUGUAGUUUUCACAAGUAAAAAUUGUCCUCUUGUGCCGGUGGAAGGCAUUCACCCCAGAAUGAGCAAGCUGAAACAGUUCUUGUGAGUUAAUAGAAACUUAAGUCCAUUUUCGUCAGACAUGGAAAACAAAUUUGGAUCACCUGUAGACAUUUUCACUGACUGUUGUUGAUCCUCAUACAUGACUGCCACCCUGAAGGUGUUUUUUUGGCCUUUUUCCAUGUGAAUGCAGCACAAACCUUCUUAAAUUCCUUUUUUAAUCGUAAAUGUUUUGCUGUACUGCAUCAGUAAUUCAACACUGAAAUGUUGAAGUACAUCUUGAGUGCCGUCUUUCACCAUUUGUUAAGGCUUGAUUAUGUCAAAUUUUUUCAAUCCCAAACAUUUCACAUGCUGAAAUAACUGGAAUCUAAGCAAGUGUUUUUAUUUUUGUCAAAGUAUCUCAUUACAUUAAUUAUAAGCCACAUUUACCCUACAAGUCCAUAUAAACUUUUUAUUGCAAGAUGUAACAAGCAAAAAUAAGGCCUGCAUUGCUUGUAAUAAGAAAAAAACUACCAAUAAGGUAAGAUAUUUUUUACUUGUCAAGUGUCGUGCAAUUAGAUUUACUUUUACAAUUAGUUUAGACAGCAAGUAAGAUUUACUUGUGCUGUUCAAAUUUUGCAAACUCUAUUUGCUCAUAAUACCUUGAAAUAAAUUAAUGAGGAGUUUAGAGCAGAGCCAGCUGGGAAGGUUUGGUCUCUGAUCAGGAUGGUUCCUGGUCACUUUGCUGUGGAGGUCUUUCAGGCACAUCUAGAUGUGAGGAGUCCCUCUCAGACCCAGAACUCACUGGAGGGAUUAUGUAUCUCAUCUGGCUUAGGAACGUGUCAGAAUCCAGCAUAUCUGGGGGAGAGGGAUGUCUCUUGCCAUCGUAACCCCCAAGUGGAAGAAAAUAAAUGGGUGCAUGUGGGUAAAAGAUGAUUUUUCAGGUGGAUGUGGCUUAAACUAAGUGUUCUUUGAUACCUUUUUACCUAAAUGUAGACAACUACUCUGGCAAAGAUUUGAGUCUUCGUAGUGGGAGAAGCUAAUCUUUAAAACUUUUUUGUUUACAUAUGGUAGAAUCAGAUACACACCACAGUGACGAGUUCAUGUGACCCAGCAGACUUAGCAGCUCUCACAGUGACAGAAAUGCUAAAAGUGACUUUUGUGUGUACUUCACAUUUCCUUUAUGGGACACUAACACCAGUUAGAAUUCAUAGCUCAACACCCCACAGACAAAUGUAUCUUGGACUACUCUUCAUCACAGACUGUAUAAGAAGUAGAUCUAGCCAUCAUCAAGGUCACAUCACACAACACGUCUCGGGCCUUUUGGCAGUCUCCAUUUUGAUAGCUGGAGUCAAAGUGACUGUAUUUAUGAGGCUACAGAUAAUGACACUCCUAUCUUUGGUUUGAAGGUUGUAAUGGUAGCAGCUUCUCAAAGAAACCCUGCUUAACUGUCUUUUUAAUCUUCAAAAUGUCCUUAAACUUACAAAAAACACUAGAAAGCAGUUAGUUUAGACUUGGAAAUGUGACCUGAGGUAAUGAGUAAAUAUUUGGUCCUUUUUUUCAUAGAUGCCUUAUACACAUAAUGGUGGUCAUUGAAGAAUGCAUACAAUUAUGAUGCAUUUACAUGGAUUCAGUUAGGAGAUGAGAUGGAUGUAACCUUUGUUGACAGAAUCACACAAGGCUGGCAGAGAACAGUCAGUGGGCUUAGUGGAAGAGCUCAGUACUUCUUUACAAUAUUAUUAAUGAUUAAAAGAACUGAAAUUUUGUUUUAAAAUGUAAAAAAAAAUUACUUCGGUAGUCUACUGUCACCCUGAAUCCAUGUGAAUGCAAGCUCAGCUUUACUUCCCUAUGUCUGCUUCUUAUUUACAGUCUAUUGUCCAGAUAAAGUUUUUCACCAGAUACCUUUUAAGUAAGAAACAAAGACAAAUGGAAUGAUGCAACAGCUUAAAAACCGAAUCAUAUCCUUGUUUUUGACCCUGUUUAUACCUUGAAUUAAUAUUUGAUUUGGGCACUCAGUUACCAAGUGGUAAUCCUUAAUGCUAGGCAUGGUUGCACCUUAACACAUACUGGAAACGAUCUUAUAUCUGAUGGCUCAGACUGAAUACAGAGGUGGUCUGGGAUGCCUUCAUCUGGAUUGGCUAAGCAGUGAAAAUACAAUGCAUACUGGUAUGCGUUUAAGACUACCUGUCAGGUGACAUGAUCUGCAGUAAGCAAAAAGUGUGAUUUAUUCACAUUUCUCCAGCUUCACCUGUAAUGAUGAGAUGUACAACGUAACAUUGUCACUUUGCAGACGCUUUUAUUCAAAGCGACGUACAUAGGUGUUCAUGGCAUGAAGGACCUUGCCCAAGGGUCCACACUGGAUACUGACUGUGCCCAGACCAAGAUUCAAACCCCCAAUUUCAGCCUCCACACAAUAAAUCCCAGCUCUUUUUAGUAAUCUAGAAUUACUAAGAGCCUAUCUUACGGCUCCCAUACAGCUCUUUUUUUGGUACUAUUCUGCCUUUUUUAUAUCUUCAAAUCAACAAGAAAAUGGAAAAAAGGAGACUGGCUCUCAAACUGGAGCUAACUCCUGUUGUUCACAUAAAAGAAGCGGCUCUUAGAACUGACUCGUUCACAAAUGACACAUCUUGUCUCUUUUGGAACUUAACAUAUUGAAUUGAGCUGUCAUUAAUCCAAAUUGUACUCCACAAGGUUUAGGUAGUCAAUCAGUGUUUCCUUUAAGAGUAUAUUUAUGGCAAAAUGAGGAAAAGCUGUUUAAAGGGCACCACUUGCCUCUCAGCUACUGGCUUAUUUUCCCCCUUCCCCCAUUUAUAUGUAUUGCUAGCAGCUUUACUGCAUAUAGCAUACAUGGCUGUUAAGCCACAGUAAAUCUAAUAAAUGAUGUAAGGGCUGCUAUUUUCUCUUCUUAAUGAAGUGUGUGGACAGCUUGGUGUCUGAAUGCUCAGCAUGGAUGCUAAUGCGAACUAUAAACAGGGUCUCUCGCACUUCUUAUUAUUAAUGAUAGUACUGGUGACAGUGCUGGGUCAUGACAAAGUAUAACAGUAAAUCUAAAUAUUAAAAUAUAAACUGACAGAAGCCUUCAGCUAUAAGCUAUAAAAUGCCUUCGUGAAAUAACAUCCGUCUGCUUAUAUGAGCAGCUAUCAUAAUGGGUGUAAAUACUGUACACAUAGACUCAUUAACAGAGUGUUGUUUCAUUGUGAAAUUCAGAUGACCACUAAGGACUGUAUCUUUAUAUAUUUUGUGUAUCAUUGUAAAUAAGAACUACAAAAUGACGAGUUUGAAAAAUGGCCAAAUUCUCUUUUAUUUGCAGCUGAGAUUAUUUCCUAUUGAUCUGACUGUUGUAAAUGUUUUUUUCUUAAUCUGCUGUUUGAUUUGAUGUGAUUUUAAAGAUGUGUUUCUUUGUCUGUCAUGCAAUCCAGAGUGUAAACACAACAGCUGAAGUUGAAAUGUUAAAUGUUGCUCCCGUCCUGUUUAAUGACGUCCUUGUAGAGAGCUUUACUGCACUCAGACAUGAAGAGGAGGAUGUCAAAGCAGUCAUGUGAGGGUAAACAAAAGAAUUUGGCUCUUAAAAUCACUGAAGUAAGUUCUAGCCCCUCCUUUUGAUACAAUUCUAAAACUUUUUGUAUGAUUAUUUUACAUGGAAAAUUUCCCAUGAUGCCUGCUUUUAAUCUUUGAUGGUGCUUGUGAAAUCUGUAAAUCAUUUUUUCUUCCUCAGGUUUUUUUUGUCAUUUUUCAUCUCUGAUUUUCUUUAAGUGUCAUAAAUGAAGAUGUUUAUAUGGAAGAAGCUGUAAAAAGUCAUUUUCUUUUAUCAACCUUAGCUCUUGAUUUAUGCUUUUUAAGUCUGUUUUCAUACAUA